AGUCAUGUUUCAGAGCAGGCUCUCCUCUGAGCCCAGGGCUGGCUGCGCUCUCUCUCACAUCCACAGCUGUCUCAAUCCAUUGUCCCAGCCAGAGAGACAGACAGAGAGACUGCAGGGAGAGCACCGAGACCUCCUGAGUAGGGCAGCAUCCUGGACACAAAAGGAAAUACUGCUGGAAACUGCCGGCCACAUCUGGAGAGAGCGCUCACCCUCUCAUAGACUGCACUCUGCAAAAGAGACAUCCAUCUUACACAGAACAAUAGCAAACACUGCGCAGAGGGACCGCCCUGAAGAUCUGCACAAAGGGGAUGAAAGAGACAGCCCAAGGAUGAGAACAAAGCACUGAGACUGCGGAAAGAGACAGCCUACCCAUCACCGGAGCAGGUAGAGAAAGGAGAGAGACCGCCGGCCAUUGGCCUAAGACUAGAGAGAGAGACAGACGGAGGUCUCCUGGGAUGGAAGGAGGAUUAACACCAAGUGUGGCUGACAACUGGCCGAGACAGCGGUCACCGGAGCUGACAAUCUAAUGAAUGAGCAACUGUAACCGUUGACCUUGGAUGUAGGAAAAAUGCUGCCACUCCAGAUCUACCUGUUGAUGCUGCUGGCUUAUUUUCCAUCCUUUUCCUCUCUGGGGGUCCUGGAGCUCCACAUCGAUGAAGAACAACCAGCUGGAACCAUCAUCGGUGACAUCAGCGCGGGUCUUCCACCUGACAGUACAGGGCACAUGUUUUUUAUUUCAGCGCAAGAAGGGAGUGGUGUUACCAGUGAUUUAGAGAUAGACGAGCACACCGGGAUAAUCAAGACAGCUCGAGUUCUUGACCGGGAGCAACGGAACCGUUAUAGCUUUAUAGCGGUCACCCCAGAAGGUGUUACUGUGGAAGUGGAAAUUCAUGUGGAUGACAUCAAUGACCACACUCCCACGUUUUCUAAAGGUCGUUUAGAAAUUGUCAUUCCAGAGCACACACCCCGAGGUACUAGCUACCCUCUAGAGCCAGCUGUGGAUUUAGACAGUGGAGCACUGGCCACUCAGGGUUACCUUAUUAAACAUGGAGAUCCCAUGCACGCAUUCCGACUAGAAACUCGCCAAAUGUCCAGCGGUAUACUGUCUGUAGAACUGGUCGUAAACUCAGAGCUAGAUCGAGAGAAUUGUUCAUUGUAUUCUUUAAUUCUGGAGGCAUAUGAUGGUGGCUCUCCAAGUCGAAGCUCGCAGAUGAAAUUGGAUAUAUCUAUCCAGGACAUCAACGACCAUGCUCCAGCAUUCAAUCAGAGCCGCUAUCAAGCACUUAUUUCUGAGAGCCUUUUGCCGGGAUCUAGUGUCCUUCAGGUCUAUGCCACAGAUGCUGAUCUGGGUGAAAAUGGGGACAUUAUUUAUGAGAUCAACCGUCGGCAAAGUGACCCUGAGGGUUUCUUUACCAUUAAUCCCCAUUCUGGACUUAUCCAGCUUAGCAAACCAUUGGAUUAUGAGACUCGGAAAGCUCACGAACUGGUUGUGCAGGCGAAGGACGGAGCAGCUCAGCCAGAAGUGGGAACGGCAUUUGUAUCUAUUCAGGUACGGGAUUCCAACGACAACCAGCCCAGCAUGACCAUAAUAUUUCUAAGUGAAGAUGGAGCCCCAAGAGUGUCAGAGGGGGCCACACCUGGGCAGUAUGUAGCCCGAAUCUCUGUAUCUGAUCCCGACUAUGGUGAGCAUCCGGAUGUGGAUGUGACUCUGGAGGGUGGGGAUGGAAAGUUUGCUUUGACCACAAAGGAUAGCAUCAUCUACCUCAUUUGUGUGGACAAAUUACUAGACCGUGAAGAGCGAGACUCUUACCGGUUAAGGGUUCUUGCUACGGAUUCAGGAACUCCUCCAUUAAGGGCAGAGUCCUCGUUUGUUCUUGAGGUGACUGAUAUCAAUGAUAACCCACCAGUCUUUGAUCGACAAGAGUACAGCCAUAGUGUACCAGAGGCCGUUCACCCUGGGAGCUUCCUUCUCCAAGUGACGGCCCGAGAUAAAGACCACGGAGAGAAUGGAGAAAUCAGAUAUAGCCUUGUAGACACACCAUGGUUCCAGAUCCAUCCAGAAACUGGAGUCAUCACUACAGCCGCUCCACUGGAUUAUGAGAAAGACCCCCAGCCUCAGAUGACAGUGGUCGCUUCAGACCGUGGCACGCCACCAUUGAGCUCCACCGCUAUUGUCAAGGUCCAGCUACUGGAUGUUAAUGAUAAUGAACCCGUGUUCGCCAGUGCCAUAUACAAUGCCACCCUGAGUGAGGGCGCUGCUCGGGGAAGCUGCUUCCUGCAGGUCUCAGCAUCAGAUGCAGACGGUGGAAGUCUUGGGACAGUGUUGUACUCUCUCAGCCCCUCAUCUCCUCCUCAGUUCCAGAUCCACUCAGAGAGCGGAGAAAUCUGCCUCUCAGACACCUUGGAUAGAGAUGAUGGAGAACGCUUUUUCCUCCUUCACGUGACAGCCACAGAUGGGGGAGGCCUGAGCUCAGGAUGCCUCGUCCGGGUCUCUGUGGAAGAUGUGAACGAUAACCGUCCGGUCUUUUACCCAUUAGAAUAUGGCGCUAGCGUAAGUGCCCUUAGUCCUCCAGGAACACGCAUAAUUAGUGUGACUGCUCGUGAUAAGGACGACGGACUACAUGGCACCCUGACCUACCACAUAUUAUCAGGAAAUAACCCUCCUCUUCUGCGCAUUGAACCUGACACAGGUAGCCUUUUCGUGGCACGUUCUCUGUCUGCCCGGGCUGGCUCUGUCCUACAUCUUGAGGUGGGAGCACAGGAUGGUGGUGGAGUCAGAGCGGAAGUGAAUGCCUGGGUAAAUGUUAGCAUUUUACCCAGCUCUGCCCACAUCCCUACCUUUCUCCAGCCUCAGUAUGACUUCGUCGUGCCUGAAGACACUCCGCCAGGGACUAUCGUGGGCAGUGUGAAGGCUAGCAACCCACCAGGUGCUCCUGGUGUCAUUCUAUACUCCUUGGCUUACGGUGACCCCCGUGGACUUUUAUCUUUGGAUCCCCAUUCUGGAAUAUUGUCUACACGUCGGCAGCUCGAUCGAGAACAGGAGACAGAGCUUCUUCUAGAAGUUAAGGCUCAUAGUGGGUCACCUCCAGCUUACACCCAAGCACGGGUCGGUCUACGAAUUACUGAUGUUAAUGAUAAUCCACCAACGUUCAUGUCAUCCUCACACACCCUGAGAAUACAGGGGUCCACACCUGUUGACUCCAUCAUAUUCACGGCUAAAGCCUUGGACCCAGAUGUAGGAGCUAAUGGACAGAUUCAUUACCAGCUAAUUUCUCAGGGUCCCUUUAGCAUCGAUGGUUCUGGACAGAUUCAAAUCACUGGACCCCUGAGCCAGGAAAGUUAUGAGCUUCGCGUGCUUGCACUUGAUGGUGGGUUCCCCCAACUUUCUUCAGAGUUAGAGAUCACAGUCCUUGUAAUUGAGCAGGAGUCUGAGCCUGCUUGUGGAGCAUCCGAUUAUCGUGUGGAGGUCCGGGAAGGUAGUCCGCCCAUGAGUCGACUUUUACAGGUGCAAGCAUUACUUCCUGGAGGAAAGGAGAACCCCUUGCGUUACAGGCUGAGAACAGAUGCUGAUGCAGUAGGAUUUAGUGUGGAGCCAGAAACAGGAUGGUUGUAUGUCCGCGGAGCAUUGGACAGGGAGAGCCGAGAAGUAUAUGUACUUGCUGUGUUGGCAUCAGGGGGCUCUGGAAGCCGCACCGCCACAUGCACUGUACGUGUUCGUGUCACUGAUGAGAAUGACAAUGCUCCAAGGUUGAGCGAGGAGAGGUAUUUCAUGAGCAUCUCUGAGAACCAACCACCAGGCGAGAUUGUGGGAAGGGUCAGCGCCACCGACAGAGACGCAGGACAAAACGGACGGGUCACGUACAGACUUCCUGCACAAGAAACUGACUUUACCAUACAUCCACACACAGGGGAGCUAUCAGUAAGACGGAGUCUGGAUCGGGAGCACCAGGCCACGUACCAGCUACUGGUAACUGCCCAGGAUGGAGGGGCACCUCCACGCAGUGUGACGGGCACCAUCCAUGUCUCUGUGUUGGAUGAGAAUGACAACCAUCCAGUCUUCCUACACCCCAGCCCUGGGAGAGAGACAACUGUGCAGAUAAUGGAAGGGAAACUGUCUGGUGCAUUUGUGGUGUCCAUCAUGGCCAAGGAUGCAGAUGAAGGCGAGAAUGGGACAGUGACCUACAGCCUGUCAGGUCCAUGGACAGAGCGGUUCACUCUUCAUCCACACACAGGAGAGCUACGUACAGCAACUUCUAUGCACCAUGCAGAACGAUCCCUCUAUACAUUGACCGUUCAGGCCCGGGAUUCUGGAUCUCCUCCCAAAAAUACAGAUGCCACGCUUCGUAUACAGGUUCUACCAUCUGCCAGAUACCCAGCAAAGCCUAACCCUAGUGCAAUUGUCCUCACACCAAUGGAAGGACUGCCACCUGGAUCACUUUUGGGUACUGUUUCCCCUAAAACUCCUCAUGGCUCGGCAAUCUACACCCUACUGGAUGACCUGACUGGGACCUUUAUGGUGGAUGGACGGACCGGUAAUAUCUUUCUGGUAAAAGAACUAGAUUUUGAAUCUCAACCCCGACACAGCCUGAGGGUGAACAUUGAGGAAGCGAGAGAAGUGACUGGAGUAUAUUUACCACCUCGAGUGGUUCUCGUAGAGAUCGAAGUCCAGGACAAAAAUGAUCACUCCCCCAUGUUUCCUGAAGAUCCACUGACACUGGUGGUUGCAGAAGAUGCUCAAGUUGGUUCUUCUGUCUUCACCUUCGAAGCCCUGGACAGGGAUGGACCAGGCCCCAACAGUCAGGUUCGAUAUUCUUUACUGCGUCAGGAGCCAGAACUUGCAGAAAAUGUAUUUCACCUGGAUGCAGAGACAGGAGUAAUGAGCGUAGCCACACCACUGGAUCGGGAAAAAGUCUCUUCGUACUUGCUCAUGGUGGAGGCCAGAGAUUGUGCAUUAAAUGCAAGCCAACGUCGUUCCACUACUGUUACUACAAGAAUUUUCCUUAGUGAUCGCAAUGACAACACCCCCCACAUUAUUACACCCUCGGUUGUAUGGUUGUCUGAGGACCUUCCUGUAGGAUCUACAGCCCUUUUUCUGGUGGCACAAGACCCAGACCUGGGAGAGAAUGGACGGAUUGGUUAUCAGAUAGCUGGAGGCAAUGAGGAAGGCAGAUUCCAGAUUCACCCAAGCUCAGGUUCUUUGUCUGUGGUGAGAGCAUUAGACCGUGAAGAAACAGCUGGAUAUAACCUAACUCUGGUAGUGAUGGAUUAUGGUUCUCCACGCUUAUCCAGCACACAGACUCUUACCGUUUCAGUUCUUGAUGUAAAUGAUGAUAUUCCCACCUUUGAGAAAACACAGUAUGAAGGCAACAUCAAGGAAAAUCAGGCAGCCGGCACAACUGUCCUAAGACUCCAAGCGGUGGACAGAGAUCUGGGCCCUGGAGGACAAGUCACCUAUGGAGGAGUUACUGGGGAUGAAUUUUCACUUGAUCCUCAAAGCGGAAUCCUUACCACCAAAAUGCCACUUGACCGAGAGAAAAAAGACAAGUACAAGCUGACAGCUUACGCACGGGACGGAGGUUCCCCACCAAAGGUGUCUGAGGUCCGGAUAUAUGUCACUGUUAGGGAUGAGAAUGACAAUGCUCCGGUAUUUGAGAGUGAUGGAAUUUUCCUUGAAGUUCCUGAGAAUCAGGAGCCAAUGACACUAUGUGUCCUCAAAGCCUGGGACCCAGACAUGGGAAGCAAUGGGCAGCUACAGUAUCAUCUGAAAGAUGGUGAUCCAUCACAAGACUUCUCAUUAGAUCCUACUACAGGAGCCCUCUCCACAUCUCGAGCACUAGACCGAGAGUCGGUGUCAGAGUACCAGCUGACUGUGAUAGUCCAUGACUCCGGGGAUCCCUCCCUGACUGCCUCCAGCACUAUCUCUGUGUCCGUGCUAGAUCUGAAUGACAACACCCCCACCUUUUCCACAUCAUCUUUUAAUGCAGAACUUCCUGAAGAUGCCGCAGUUGGAAGUUUAGUUCUGAAACUGAACGCCCUUGAUCCUGAUUAUGGUCCCAACGGCCGAACUACAUUCCAUCUCUCUAAUGGGACUCAGGGAGCUUUCCAUAUUGACUCUCUUACUGGGCAUAUCACAACAGCCAUUCAGCUUGAUCGUGAGCGGCGGGCUGCAUAUACCUUCUUGGCAUGGGUGAUGGAUUCUGAUCCAUCUGGACCACGCAGUUCAGAAGCUAGUGUGACAGUUAUAGUAAAGGAUGUUAAUGACAAUCCUCCAACAUUUCUACGUAGCCCAUUUCACCUGAAUCUGUCUCGUAAUACCCCUGUAAAGAGGACUUUGGCUGCAAUGAGAGCAGAAGACAAGGAUGCUGGUGCCAAUGCUUCCAUCUUAUACAGGCUGGCACCAUCUUCUGGAACAGGACGUUUUUCUGUAGACCCUUAUACUGGUGAAGUACGACUUCUAGAACCUCUAGAUAGCAUGAGCCCACGGGAACGCACUGUUUUUGUACAGGCGUCAGAUCUGGGUGAGCCACCACUGUCCACCACUGCUGUUCUUAUUAUAUAUGUCCGUGAGGAGGCGGCACGGGGUCCGAAAUUUCCAAGGGAUGCCAAUGAGUUCAGCAUAUCUGAGAAUAGUCAGCAUGGUUCCGUGGUUGGAUCUGUGAAAGCCACACACAAUGGGGGCUCCUCUGGAAGGAUCAGCUACAGUAUCCUGAGUGGGAAUGAAAAUGGAGCAUUCACCAUCAGCCCAAAUACAGGGCAGAUCACGGUGCUGCAGCCGGCAUUACUGGACUUCGAAGCUAACCCUCGCCAUAAGCUGGUCAUUCAGGCAGAGACGGCUCAGCAUUACGCCUUCACCGCGGUCUCCAUCCUGCUGCAGGACGCCAACGACAAUGCUCCCCGCUUUCAGCUUCCUUCCUACACGGCUUAUGUCAGGGAGGGUCAGGCGGAUGGGAGUCGUCUUCUCCAGGUCCUUGCAGAAGAUCCUGACCAAGGAAUGAACGGUCAGAUCACUUACACCUUUGAGCCGUUUCAGCCCAUGAAGGAUCUGUUCCACAUUGAUCCCCACACAGGCGUGGUUACCACAGCUGUUAUAUUAGACCGCGAGAUCUGGUCCGAGGCUCGGUUGGUGGUCACAGCGACAGAUCGCGGGUCCCCUUCACUGACUGGGUCAGCUACACUAACCCUGGUGGUGAUGGACGUUAAUGAUAACAGUCCCACCAUCCCUCUCCAGCUGGAGCUCACUAUCCUUGAAGAUGCUCACAUUGGCUCAGAAAUUGCUCAGGUGACGGCCAAUGACGUGGACUCUGGACCACCCUUGUGGUACACACUGACUAUUGAUGGCGCUCCAGGAAGCACAUUCAGCAUCUUCCGCUAUGGAGGGCAGAUAUGGCUCACAGAGCCCCUGGAUUACGAGGAGCGGGCAUCGUACACUUUAACGAUACAGACAUCAGAUGGUAAACACCAGACACGGGCAGAUGUGAGGCUCACUCUACAGGAUGUCAACGACAAUGCUCCAGAGUUCAAGCAGAGCCUAUACCAGGUCAUCAUCAUGGAGCACACUGCGGCGUGGACCCCACUCAUCACUAUUUCUGCCACUGAUCGAGACUCCGGGGAGAUGGGCAGAGUCACUUACAGAGUGUCCUCGUCUGAUACCGGCGCCUUUCACAUCGAUCCUGAUAAUGGGACCCUUUUCACGAAACAACCGAUAGAGUUGGACACGUCACAACCUCUGGUGGAUGUGCUGAUAGAAGCUCGAGAUCAAGGAUCCCCAAGUCUUGCUUCCCUUGUGACAGUCCAGAUUCUGGUUAUGGACGUUAAUGACCAUGUCCCCACUUUCCCACAACAACCAUACACAGCGGCUGUACCUGAGAACCUGCCACUAGGUAGCACCAUCUUGAUUUUAGAGGCCACUGAUGCAGACUCAACACCAGAAAAUUCCGUACUGGAUUAUACUAUUCUUAGUGGAAAUGUUGGCAAUGUUUUCCAAGUCCAGAGUGGAUUGCGCUUCUGGAAUGGACAAUUUCAACAAAUUGGUUCUAUCAUUUUAACAGAUACACUAGAUUUUGAGACAACUCAGGCCUAUAAUCUAACUCUGGGUGCAUCUGAUAGAGGUGUUCCCCAGAGAAGUCACUCUGUCCAUGUACUCAUCACUGUGUUGGAUAUCAAUGAUAAUCCGCCAGUAUUUCCACGUCUGGAUUACAGUGUGCUCCUUAGUGAAGCCGCACCUGUUGGCUCUGAGGUGCUAAGGGUUUUGGCGCAAGAUUCUGACUCUGGACAAAAUGGCAUGGUGCAUUACAGAAUUACAUCAGGGGAUGAGAGUCGAAAUUUUCAGAUCAGUGAGGCAACAGGCGCCAUUAAGCUGGUGCGUCAGCUAGACCGGGAGAGGCAGGCUGUACAUACAUUGGUAGUCCUUGCUUUUGAUGGCAACAGUGGACUGGUACAUUUUGCACUUGCUCCUGUGACUGUGGAAGUUCGUGACAUCAAUGACAACAAGCCUUAUUUUCCGGUACAGAUCCUGACCACGAGUAUAAAGGAAAACCAGCCAGCAAACACUUUACUGACUAUCAUUCAUGCCAUUGACCUUGACACAGGAAUAUUUGGCCAGUUGCUAUAUACAGUGGUAGAGCUCCCAGCCACAGAUCCAGGACUAGUCACUGGAAAAGAUGUAUUUGCUGUCAACAGGACUUCCGGAGAACUACUGUCCAGGCAGAGCUUUGAUUACGAGCGCAGCAAAGCCUUCAAUAUGAUAAUAAAAGCAACAGAUGCGGGCAACUUCUCCGCUACAGUCACGGUGCAAGUUCUUGUGACAGGGGAAGAUGAGUAUGACCCUGUCUUUGUUGCUCCAUACUAUAAUUUUGAGGUGCCUGAAGACUCUAACAAAGGGCAGAUUAUUGGCUGGGUUCAGGCAACAGAUGAAGAUGAAGGGGCUGAUGGCGUGGUCCUCUACUCCUUUUCUAAGCCUUCGCCCUACUUUGGAAUCAAUGAAACAACAGGUCAGGUCUUUCUGAAGGUUGACAGUGAGAGACACCGUUCUGGACGCUCAAAAAGAGAGACACGGGAAAUGAUUAUGGAAGUUCAUGCUCACAGCCCUCUACCAUCUUCACGUGUGGCCAUGGCUCAGCUAACUGUGGACAUUACACAUACAUCAUUUGGUUUGGCCCCAGAUCUGAAUUUACUGCUAAUAGUGUCCGUGGCUUCGUCAUUGGCAGUAGUUGUGGUUUUAGCUGCGGUUGCAAUUAUUCUGGUUGUCUGUAGGUCUCGGGGGAUGCAGAAGAAAAGAGAAGAAGCUGAUGCCCAACUAGACACUUUACAAGGUAGCACCCUACAGAGAAUGGGGCAUGAUAAAUCAGCACUUGGUAGCGGUGAUCGAAUUUAUCACCAAACUCUUCCAGGUUACUCCAUGGAAUCUUCCACUGUUGAUGGAUCUUAUACUAGAGGAGGGUCUCUAGAUCCCUCACAUUCCAGUGGCCGAGGGUCAGCCGAAGCUGCAGAAGAUGAUGAGAUCCGUAUGAUCAAUGAAUAUCCCCGUGUUGCAAGCAUUACAUCUUCUAUGCAAGAGCACAUUUCUGCGCGUGGUCCAGAUUCUGGUAUACAACAAGAUGCUGACCAGCUGUCUGACAUCUCUUGUGACCCCUCUAUGGACAGUGGGCAAUGGUUUAAGAACAAAAAGGGUUCUGGUCAGUCAACACUGUACCGAGAUGAUAGCGGGGGAGGAGGUGCUUUCAUGGGGGUGGGAUGUGGGUUAAAUAUGUCACACCCCAAAGACUAUUGUUUCCCUGAAGAUGGAAAACCAUCCGUAGAAGGAUCUUUGACAGCGAUUGUUGCUAGCGAUGAGGAAUUACGUGGCAGCUACAACUGGGAUUAUUUGCUGAACUGGUGUCCUCAGUUUCAGCCGUUGGCCAGUGUGUUCAUGGAGAUUGCUCGGCUAAAGGAUGAGUCAGCAUUAAGAAAACCUUUUCAGCCGAAACCAAAAGCAAUUCCCCAACCCCGUAUUGAUCCACCUCCUCUUAUCACAUCUGUUGCUCACCCGGGUGCUAAAACCGUGCCUCCUAAGCCUGCGGUGGGCAGAACCUUCCCAAAUUUCUCCUCCCUACGCCGCUCCCCUAUCACCUAUGAAGCUUCUCACUCAUCUUCUAUUAUACCACCUAGCUUUUCCCCAUCCUUGUCUCCUCUAGCAGCACGCUCACCUGUUGUAUCCCCAUUUGGUAUCUCACAAGGUCCAUCUGCCUCUGUCCUUAGUACAGAACAUAAUCUUGACCCUUCUAAUGAAGGGGAACUAAGAAUUUAAUCAGUGAACGCAGAGGAUAAAGACACAUAGGAAAAAUGAGUCUGAAUCAGUGAAAAAUGUUCUUGUUGUAAAAGUUUAAAGACCAUAAAGUCUGCAGAGAAUGAAGCCAAAUAAUAUAGAACGUGAGAAGGUUAGAUGGGCUCAUCUUAGUUUCUGAGGCCAAACUUAGGGGUGAUCCUUCUGUGAUGAUUCAUUCAAGAUUCGCUUUGUUGACCAGGGGUGGGAGGCUUUGUGUCUCUGCAGCACAUGAUGAUACACAUGAGUAGAAAGACAUGUAAUGUCAAUGCCGACCAACAUGCAGCCCUGCCCUAGACUGGCAGCUAAUUAUUAUUUUUUUCAACAUUUUCUACAUAUCAGGCGGGACCUGCUCACCAGCAGCUGCAUACGACCUGAACGGGCUGGGACCUAUCCAGGCUCUUUACUAGGAUCUUGACAGGCAUGUAAUCAUAUGAGCUUGACAAAGCCUCUUGGCCAAACGUGACCUAAGAUGAAAGAUGGAUUAAGGAAUGUUUGCUUACAUAGAGUAAGAGGGCAACACUAAGAAAUGGGUGAGAAGGUGGACUUCAUAGUGAAUAUUAUAUGUGACUUAUGUGGUGGAGAAGGAGUGUUGUACUUAGGAUGUGUUUUCUGUGCAGGAAGGCUGGAUGGCAUUGUAUACAGUUAUCUGAUUUGUCUUCAGGUCAGAUUUUCAUCCUUUUAUAUUUGCCCACUGUUCAGAUUUACCAAUAAGAAUAU